AUGGAAAGCGCCUGGCUCUGCCUGCUCUGCCUGGCCAGCUCUGGCCUCAUCCUGCUGGGCUCCACAGAGCCAGUGCUGGGGCUCCAGCCGGGCAAGAGCCUGCCCGGGCAGAGCCAGGAGGAGACGGAGCUGGUCGAGGCGCUGCAGGAGGUGCUGGAGAAGCUCGGGAGCAGGGAGCUGCCGGCGGUGGAGAAGAGGCUGAGCUGGGUGCCCUUGUGCGAGCCUGGGGACCCCUGCGCGGUGCGGAGGGGGGCACGCAUCGGGAAGCUCUGCAGCUGCCCCCGCGGCACCGCCUGCAACUUGUUCAUCCUCAAGUGCUCCUAA